AUGACCCUUGUCAACAGUCCGGAAUGGACCUUUUUCUUAGAGUAUGUUGAUGCAUCGGGCGAAUCUCAUGAUGCCUACAUGUUGGCUGGGUUACUUGAGACCAAAAUUGAACAAAUAGGCGAGGAAAUUGUUGUUCAAGUUGUAACAGAAAAUGGUGCUAAUUACAAGGCAGUAGGUAGGUUGUUGGAAGAGAGGAUACCUUCACUAUUUUGGACUCCCUGUGUGGCACAUUGCUUGGACCUCAUGUUGGAUGAUAUUGGCAAGUUGGCAAAGUUUGAGCAAAAGGUUGAAAGUUCUAGGCACAUUACUACCUUCAUUUAUAGGCAUGGAAGGAUUUUAAGUGCUAUGAGAGAGUUCACAAGUGGUACGGCAUCUCAUUCGAUUCUUGUUGCAUUGAGAAUCGUUUAUGGUAAUGAGAUCCCAGCUAUGCCCAAGGUUGCUAUGGCUAUGGUGAUUGCAAAGAAGAAAUUGAAUGAAACAUUUGCAAGUCAAUCGAGGUUGUUGUCAAGGUUGAUGGAUAUUGUAGAGGGGCGUUGGCCAGAUAAAAUGGAAGUUAAGUUAUAUGGAGCAGCAUUACUCUUAAACCUUUCUCAUUAUUUGGAUUUGAAAGAAAAUGAUCUUGACAGUGUUUGUAAGCAACGAGCCUGCUUUAAUGAUAUGCUUGAGAUCAGAAGAUAG